AUGGCUUCCCAGUCGCUGGGCCGAGCACGUUACCACGGGCUGGCCCACAAACUCGAGCUCUGCGAGCAGUACGGGUUCGAGGCCAUCGAACUCUUCUUCGAGGACCUCGAGGUCGUGGCCCAGUCCUUACCUGUGUCCCAUGCGGCCCUGAAGCCGCCAGGUUCCUCCUUCGCCGACUCGACCACCGUCCAAGAACGACAACUGGCGGCCGCCGCGUACAUCCACGACCUCUGCGUCCUGCACCACCUGGAAAUCCUCUGUCUGCAGCCAUUCAUGCACUACGAAGGGCGGCUGGACGCCGAGUCCCACGACGAGGCCAUCCGACGCCUGCAUUUCUGGGUCCGGCUCGCCCACCGCCUCGGCACGGACCUGAUCCAGAUCCCGUCCAGCUUCCUCCCUGCGUCACAGUGUACGGGGGACCGUGACCGCAUCGUGGCGGAUCUGAGACAAGUGGCGGACAUCGGACUGCAGAGCGAGCCUCCCAUUCGUUUCGCCUACGAAGCUCUCGCGUGGGGGACACACGUCGAUACCUGGGAUGCGGCGUGGUCGAUUGUGCAGGACGUCGACCGACCCAACUUUGGGACUUGUAUCGACACAUUCAAUCUGGCGGGUCGCAUCUUUGCCGACCCGGCGUCACCGUCCGGCCUGACCCCCACGGCCUCCGAAGACAUCCAGCAGGCGCUGUCGAAGCUGCGGACCGAGCUGCCCCGGGCGUUGGAGAAGGUGUUCUACGUCGAGGUGUGUGACGGCGAGCGCCUGGCCACGCCCUUGCGCGCCGGGCACGCGUGGUACGACCCGCAGCAACCGGCGCGCAUGUCCUGGUCCCGCAACGCCCGGCUCUUCCCCUUCGAGGAGCACGGGUACCUGCCUGCCCUGGAGAUCCUGGAGGCCGUGUGCGAUGCCGGCUACACGGGCCACGUCUCUUUCGAACUGUUCUCGCGCACAGCGAACCGGCCGGACGCCGAGGUGCCCGAGCAACACGCCCAGAGGGCAGCCGUGGCGUGGAAGAAACUGGUCGAGUACAUGGGCUGGAGCAGCGAACGGCAGCAGCAGCAGCAACAACAAAAACAACAGACGGGUACAAAGUCGGAAGACCUCUUGCUGGGUGAUCAUCGUCGUCGGGUCAGCAUCUCCAGCGCCACCGAUUCACCUUCCGUCGUCUCGGAUGACUCGCCGUCUUCGAGCCCUCGGCUGUAA